AGGAUGGGAGCAGCAUGGAACUGUCCCAGCUCCUCAAUGAGAUCAGGGCAAACUAUGAAACGCUCAUCACCAGAAGUCAGAUAGAGACCAUCCUCUCAGCAGGGACCCAGGUAAUGAUUAUAUACAGAAAGGCACCUGCCCGAAUAAGGAGGCAAUCCAAUGUGUACUCAGUUCCUCUCUCAGCCUCUGUGAGCUAGAAGAAGCCACUAGUGAAAGAAUGAGCAAAGACGAGGAAGCGCUAAAAGCAGCCAGGGCAGAGCUAAAUGAAGCAAGACGUCAGUGGCACCAUAUGCAGAUGGAAAUUGAUUCUCUCCAUGCUGUGGAAAGGGGUCUGGAAAAUUCUCUGCGCACCACCGAACAGCAGUACCAGACACAAAUGAAGCAUCUGGAAGCAGAGAUUGAAGGCCUGGAGAGAGAGCUACAUAAAGUGCGGCAAGGGAUUGAAAAGCAGCUGCAGCAACACGAAAUAUUACUAAACACCAAGAUGAGGCUUGAGCAAGAAAUAGCUACGUACCGCAGUCUGCUAGAGCGGGAGGAGAAAAGGUUUCAUCGUUCUGCGUGCCAAGACAGAAAAGGUGACAAAAAGCGCACCACUAGCCAAAUAGCAUUUAUCUUACCUUCAUCAAGUGAGCUAAAGGCGCACGAGAUUGAAAAAGUGGAAAUACUGACAAAGGAAGCAGUCUUAAAUGGAAACGCCACAAAGGAGAGCGCAGAGGCUUGUGGAACGAUACAGACGGAGAAAGUAGAUGAAGUGAUUAAAGAAUGGGAAGGCUCUUUCUUUAAAGACAACCCUCGCUUAAGGAAAAAAUCAGUUUCUUUGCGGUUUGAUCUCCACUUGGCAGCCACAGAUGAAGGUUGUUUACAGACUAAACAGAAAGGCCUGCCUGAUAUCGAAGUGAGAUUGGUUAUGAGGCGGUCUUGCAGUAUCCCAUCCAUCAAAACCUAAAUCUGCAUCACGUUAACCCAAAGGUUAUUCAUGGAUGGGUUUCAGAAAUAAAUGACAGUAUGGACCCAGGUGGACCACAUGAUUGUCUCCUGUCUGUCAAUACUAGGAGUAUAUUUUUUCAGCUAAUGUAUAUAUACCUAUAAUCCUCUAAUUAUUUUGAAGAUGGCUCAUGCGUCUAUAUGAGAGGAAGUUACGGGAAUCCUGUCAAACAGAAUUCCUGUUAGUUAAAACACCUGAUGAAAUACCUCCCCCACCUUUUGUUUUCCUCCAGAGAAGAAUUAUUAUUUUUUUAUAUAAUUUUCAUCAUUUCAAUGUUUAAUGGGUUCAAAGACUUGUCUCUGCAGAACUAAGCAUCUACAUUUGAAAGGACUUCCUCUGCCACAGGAUUAUAAGUGAUUAUAACUUGUCCGUAGUCAUUUUUAUCUCCGUCAUUUUAUAUUUUCACCAACACUCCUUAGCACCGUUACCUCCCAGGAACUGGUAAUACAAAAGCUUCAAGAAGGCAAAUAGGCCUCAAGCCAGGUAAUUCCAAAGUAGUACAAUUAACACUCACUGUGAAACAUACACACAUUG